AUGGAGCUCCCCGGCUCCUUCCUGCCUCCUACUGCUCCCCAGCAUGUCUCCGUCCACAAGAUCGACUUUAUGAAAACCAAUCCCCCACUUCCAGAGUACAAAGACUGCUUUGCCCUGGUCAUCGAUAAUUUUCUGACAGAAAGCGAGUGUCGUACUCUCCUCCAAGCAGCCGAAGCACAUGCCCAAAACUCUACCACUGAAGCCACAGGUUCACACGAUACUCGUCGUGAUCAGAGCAACAAAACACAAGUUCGUAUGCCAUGGGCCAGAACCCUGUUCGGGACAGACGGAGAUAUGUCUCGCAACUGCGGUCGCAUCGUCUGGGACACUCCUCUCAUCGCCCACAAGCUCUUUGCUCGCCUCUUCCCGUUUCUCAUCAAAGCCGGAAUCGCGACGGUGUCAACCCGCAGCGAGAUCAAAGCCGUUGAACCAUCGGCCAGAAACGAUAUAUAUCGGGUAUCGAGACUCAAUGAACGGUUGCGUUUCUUAAAAUACGAACGAGGAGAAUUCUUCAAACCUCAUUGGGAUGCCAUAUACGAGUCUCUGGCAGAAGAGACCUCGCUCUUCACUAUUCAUCUGUACUUGAAUGGAGACGGCGACCAAGAUUUGGAGCAGCUAGAGCAAGCUCGACAGAGAUGCGCUGCUGGUGAGUUUGGCGAUCUUGAUGAAAGUGAGGCGGAGUUACCUCCUCUAGGGGGCGCAACAUCCUUUCAAUCUGGCUCGGUGAAGGAUGUUGUUCGUAUAUUCCCAAAGACAGGAUCUUUGCUUGUCUUUCAGCAGAAAGAUCUUCUCCAUGCUGGCGAUGAUGUGUAUAAAGGGGUCAAGUAUACCAUGAGAACAGACAUUUUCUACCGCAAAGACGUGAGGUUCCAGUGA